AUUCAUGCCGGCAGAGUCUCUGAUGCACAUGCUUCCCAUGAGCUGUGAAAGCCAAACAGUCUGCACUGAAGUUUGAGGAACCCCCCCCCCCCCAAAACAAGGAGGAAUUGAGAAUGGGAGAUUCUCUGGCUGAUACCACACGGCGAAGCCCAGAGAUGUUUUGUAAAGAUACUCAGACAGAACUUGCCGAAAGAGUAGCUGCUAUUGACGUUGCUGUGGGCCCUGAUGGCGUGACCCAAAACGGUCAGGGAACAGUAAAAGAGGAUGAAACUGUGUCUUCUAAGAAUGCUGCUAACAACCAAAGGAAUGGGGUCAACCUUGACCUAGGAUCGUCUGAAGAACUGGACGGGGCUCAUGAACUGACCGUGCUCAAGAGAGUCCCCAAGAGGCCCAAUCUCUCUGGUAGGAAGUAUUCUCUUCAAGAAAAGCCUGCGGGAAAUUACUUGACUUCUGCCGACCCCCAAGGCUUUGGUCCUUAUGCUACAGGACCUUCCACGCACAUCUCACCACGGAUUGUUAGGAGACCAACAAUAGAGUCCCAUCGAGUCUCCAUCUCUGACGCUGCGGAUUGUGUGCAGUUGAAUCAAUACAAGCUGAAAAGCGAAAUAGGAAAGGGCUCUUACGGUGUCGUGAAGCUCGCCUACAACGAGAGCGAUGACCAAUAUUACGCCAUGAAAGUCCUCUCCAAAAAGAAGUUAUUGAAGCAAUAUGGAUUUCCACGUCGGCCGCCUCCUCGAGGGUCAAAACCUGCUGCUGGUGGGAAAGCAAAACCAAUGGCUCCUCUUGACCGGAUUUAUCAGGAGAUAGCCAUCUUAAAGAAACUGGACCAUAUCAAUGUUGUCAAACUUAUUGAGGUUUUGGACGAUCCUGCAGAAGACAAUUUAUAUAUGGUAUUUGACCUCCUGCGAAAGGGGCCUGUCAUGGAGGUACCGUGUGACUCGCCUUUCACUGAAGAGCAGGCUCGGCUCUACUUCAGAGACAUCGUCUUGGGCAUCGAAUAUUUGCAUUACCAGAAGAUCAUCCAUCGGGACAUCAAGCCUUCAAACUUGCUCUUGGGAGAUGACGGACAUGUGAAGAUCGCCGAUUUUGGGGUGAGCAAUCAGUUCGAAGGGAGUGACGCCCAGCUGUCCAGCACUGCCGGGACUCCGGCCUUCAUGGCCCCUGAAACGCUUUCGGACACCGGAAAGAGCUUCAGUGGAAAGGCACUCGAUGUCUGGGCCAUGGGUAUCACUCUGUAUUGCUUUGUAUAUGGGAAGUGUCCUUUUAUCGAUGAGUUCAUCCUAGCACUACACAACAAGAUCAAGAACAAGCCAGUGGAAUACCCUGAACAGCCCCAGGUCAGCGAGGAGCUCAAAGAUCUGAUUCUUAAGAUGCUGGAUAAAAACCCUGAAACCAGAAUAACAAUUCCUGAAAUUAAGUUACAUACUUGGGUGACCAAGUUUGGAGAAGACUCUCUGCCUUUAGAGGAGGAGCAUUGUACGGUCGUGGAGGUAACAGAGGAAGAAGUCAAGAACUCUGUGAAGACAAUCCCUAGUUUGCCAGCUGUGAUUUUAGUGAAAGCCAUGCUGAGGAAACGAUCGUUCGGCAACCCCUACGAGGCUCAAGCGAGGCGCGAAGAGAGAUCGAUGUCAGCUCCGGGAGACUUACUGAUAAACCAAGGAAGCCGAGAAGCGAUAAAAGAUCCGGACCUCCCUGACGUGCACGAAGACGAGACCGCUCCAUGAAGUCCUUGGCACAUCCCAGACCAACGAUUCCGACUGCUGCUGCUGUAGCCAUUGUGUUUGUCUUUUGCACGCUGUACUGUCUCAUCAACCAAAGUUUGUAACUUGCAGAAAGGAGGAGGAGGAGGAGAAACAAUAAUAACCUUGUACAAUACAAUGAAACCUCAGCUGGUAGGAGCAGCCAGGUACACGGAUCAGUUGAUUCUUGCCACGUCUGGCUUUUCUGCAUUUGUUUCUUCGGAAGACAUUUUGGUGUUGUGUGCCUCAUCUUCCAUCUGUGCUUCACAUUGUGACGCGUGGUAAGCAGAGUCUGGUAACUUGACGGAUGAACGCUUGUCUGUCUCUAUGUUGAGCCAAAAUAUUAGGGACCGCUCAGCUGCUGCCGCCAUUUUGGCUUUCUAUCUGAAUCGCAAGUGUUCACUUUUAUCACCUUGAUAGGACCUUUAUGUGGUAUGAGAAGUUAAAUGUUAGAAAUUGGAGGCCAGUUCUGGUUGGGGUGGGUUAUAUAACUUUUGAUGAAAUUGGGCUGGAAAUUCUGUUCUUUGUAGAGUGUUUAUGUUUUAAAAUAUCUCUUAAAUUAUGCCACUUUUUAAAAAAGUUACACGUGUGUGAAAUUGGGCCUAUUCACAUGCACCGGGCCAUGCCAAGUUUUGUUGAAAAUGCAGGAAAUAUGCAAACAUAUUCUGCACAGAAUACGGUCAAGCAGGAGAUGAACGAUUUUACGUACUCUUCAGUCAUAACCAUGAGGUAACUGACGUCCCCUCAACCAACUGUCUUAGUAUCAAUGGUCUUCCUACUGGGAAAUGAUUUGUGUCUUUUGGCCUAAAAUAUGUAUCUGAAACAUUCCAUAGACUCCCAUAUCCCUCAUGUCAGAGCUGGUGUUUCAGGAAAUGGUGUGACCAAAGUCAGCAAGUAUGGGCUAUUUAUUGGACCGGUAGCACCAAGUGUUGCUUUUGGGCUCAGAUAGCAAAAUCAGGACUAGUUUAACAAGAGUUGGGGCUGCAGAGUUGGGGAAGGGUUGAGGAGGGAUCUAGGCUCAGUGAUGGAGCGGAAGAUUUGUAUGUGAAAAAGUCCACGGUUCAGUGCUGCCAUCUCCAGCUGAAAGGCUGAGAAUGGCUCUGUGAACAACCUCCAACAAGACCAAGGGCAAUAUCUACUGAUCAGAUUAAAUAGUACUGACCCUGGUAGACCCGGUGAUCUGACUCAGCGCAAGGCGGCUUUGUGUGUUCACGUGACAAAGAUCAAGGAUUGCCAUCUAAUAUGGACCAGGGCCAUGUGGGGAGAGGAUUGAACCCUUCCCACUCCUGCUAAGUUUUGCUAAUCAGAACUAGGACACCCCCCCCCCCACCUUGCUGGUAGCAAUUUAAGUGGGGAAAAUGCCCUUAACGUUUUUCCUGUUUAACACAGAUAACAACAAAGGGAAGCCAAGCAAGGGGGGGAGGAGGAGGAGGAGUAGUUUGGAUUUAUAAUCCCCCCUUUCUCUCCUGUAGGAGACUCAAAGGGGCUUACAAUCUCCUUGCC